AUGCGACGAUUAUUUGGCUAUCGAAAAUCGCAUCAAUCCUCCAAUGAUGGACAAAGUUCAACAGCACCAUUAAAUGAUGAACAGUUAUUCGGGAUCGAUACGAGUAAUAGUGAAUCGAGUGAUCUGGAACUAUUGAAUGAAGGAUUAUUACGUGGAAAUAGUGGUUCAGUACAAUUAAUCAACAACAAUAACAACAACGGCAAUAACAACAACAGCAAUAGCAACAACAAUAACAAUAACAACAACAACAACAAUAAUAAUCGUGCUAGUGGCAGUCAUCUUUCUAGGCAACAUCAUCGAAUCUCUCGAGCAAAACGUAACAAACGUGCGAUGCGUUCCGGUGCUAAUACGGUUGCAAAUUUACGAUCCAAACGAUACCAAAUGUUAAAAACUGAAGGAAACACUCAAUUUCGUUUACAUCCUACAAUUCGAGCAAGACAAAAUCAGAUAUUUUAG